UAAGUACCUACUGUGUGCCUUGUGGGAUGAGUUAUCAGGGUGGGGCAGGUGGAACUUCUGGGAUUUCUAUAGAAACCACAAUCACUGAACAAAGUACAGCUGUGGAAGAGAGAUAGCAACAUGUCUGAGGGGACGUACCAGCGGCUGUGGGCCGCCACGCACCAGACUCUGGGAGAACUGCUGCUCCAGGAGCCCUUCCCGACCGAGCCGGCGCCCGAGCGAGAGCAGGACUCCUUCUUCUACAAGCUCGCCUCGCUCUUUCUGCACUACCUGGCCAUGAUGCGGCGCCUGGACGUCAUCUACGACCAGAUGGUGCAGCCCCAGAAGCGGAGGCUGGUCCGGCGCCUCCUGGACGGCGUGGCCGGCCGCCUCCUGGAGCUCAAGGAGGAGCUGGUGCAGGCGGACCUCUCUGAGUACCACUGCCUGGACCACGUGCUUCAGGACCUCAAGCUCACCCCGGCUGACCUAGAAAUCCCAAUUCCCAAAUACUUCAUGUUGGAGCAGGGGAAAGUGCUCCAGGAUCGGGAGGCGUUGAUUGAAGAAAUCAUGGACAGACUUGGGAGAAGGAGGCGCAAGACUGUUGUUAAAAUUUUACCCCCGUCAGAGGCGAUAGCUAUGAUCCAACGUGCCGAACGGGCCAGGCAGGGCCGGCUUCGGGCCAAGUUCAUGCGAGAGAUUCGAAAGGACGUGGAACGUGAUCAAAGGAUGCGAGAAAGAAAGUGUGAGAUUGAUGGAAACUGGGCAGCUCUCAUCAUCCAAAAGAUUUGGAGAGGUUUUCUUCGGCGGAGGAAAAUUAAACAGGAGCGGAUGUUGGAGAUGAAAUUCAUCGGCAUGAUACCUUCCUCCAGCGAGGCUGAGCAUUCCGUGAUCAUGAACCGGGCCCAGAAUAGGGAGGAGCUGCGCAGACAGCGCCAGCAAGAAAAGGAGAUGGAGUACCAGGAGGCAGUAGUAGAAAUCCGACAGCAAGUGAAGGUUAAAGAAGGGCCCGACAUGCAGGAAGAGAUGAAGAAGCAGAUCCGCCAGUGGUUCAUCGAGUGCCAUGACCUCACUGGCCACUUCCCUGAAUAUCCAAGUGAUGAGAUUGGUGGUUCUAGUGUAAUCUUUUCUGAGAAGAUGCCACAACAGGUGAAAAGAGAAUUGGACAUUAUAGAUGAAGAAAACUUCAGAAAGAAGUGGGGAGACAAAUUACCAAAGAAAAAGGAGGAGGAAAAGCCUAAAAAAGUGGAAGAAGAUGUGGAGCAAAAGGCAUCCAAAUUUGUACCCAUUCUUAAUGAAGGGCAUAAGGAGUACCACACUAGAUGGGCGUCUCCAAAUGUGCAGACGUUCCCAGAUCAGGAUUUCAACCCUGACAUGAUUCGAAUAGCGGAGAAGAAGGAGGUAGAAGCAGAGAUCCGGGUCCAGGUGGACAAGCUGAUGCGUCAAGAGCUGCAGGCCCUGCGCUUGGUGGUAGAUAAGGAAAUAACAAGACCACAGAAAACGAGGUUCAGAGCCAAGAAAGGGAAGAAAGGCAAAAAGAAGAGGCAGGAGAAAGACCUGACUCCAGACAGAACCUUGCACUCGUUGUAUGAAGAACUCGUGGCAGAAGGCUUGAUCAAGAAGAGUGAAUAUGUGAGACUGUCUGAUUACAUUGGUGACUACUUAUAUCUUGGAUCUAUUUUGAAACUGGGAAACACAGAACCAAUGCCAUCCCUAUUCGACUUGAGGCAGAAUGUAAUUCUGUAUGGGGUCCUGCGGCUUGGCUCUGCUGAAAUACACGCCCUGGCUCCCCAUGUCCGAUCCAUUCUUCUGGCUGGCCCAUCUGGUACGGGGAAGAAGAUGCUAGUUAAUGCAGUUUGUACAGAGGCUGGGGCUAACUUGUUUGACCUGUCCCCGGAAAACAUAAAAGGAAAAUAUCCCGGCAAGGCAGGGCUGCAGUUGAUGAUGCACAUGGUCUUCAAGGUGGCUCGACUCAUACAGCCUUCUGUGAUCUGGAUUGGGAAUGCUGAGAAAACCUUUUAUAAGAAGGUUCCAAAAGACGAGAAGCGGAUGGAACCCAAACGGAUAAAGAAGGACCUAGUAAAGGCUGUGCGCCAAUUGCAGCCUGGUGACCGAAUAAUGCUAAUUGGAACAUCGAACCAGCCACAGGUUGCUGACAUUAACGGGCUGUGCAAAACAUAUCAGAGGAUCCUGAUGGUGCCCCAGCCAGAUUACGCCUCCCGCUACCUUCUCUGGAGGCAUUUGAUUGAGAGUUAUGGGAAGUUUUUAGUAAACCGCAUGGAUCUCACUGCACUGACCAAGGUUUCGGAUGGCUACACUCCUGGAGUCAUAGCUAUGGCUGUCCACUCUGUGAUGACUGAGAGGAGAAAGAUCCAACUGGUCAGCCGGCCGCUGAAGUCCCGUGAGUUUUUGGACUUUCUAGCCAAGAAAGAUCCAAUAUAUGAAGAAGAGAAGGAAUCACUGAAGAAUUGGUACAUUAAGACUCCUCUGGGGAAACAGCGCUUUAAAAUUGAUGAGGAUCAAGCAAUGGAGGAGGCAGCAAGAUUGGCAAAAGAGAAGAAGAAGAAGUUAUGAAGUUCAAAGCAGGGCCAGAAUGGGAGGGAUGCUGAAACUAGGGUGUGAGGGGAAGCGUCCUCAGCGUGGAUGGGCUAGAUCAUAGAGGUAUAAACAUCUGAACAGCUGUAGGGAUGAUGGG